UCAGGUCAGGAAGUGUGACUGGCGGAGUCGGCAGCAUUCUGUGCUAUGACGGGGAAGCGGGUAGCUCCCGAGCCGAUGCAGCUGGCCAGAUGCUCCUGGGGAGCUCACAGUGAGCUGAAUAUGAAGGUGCUGUUCGCGAUGUAGAGAUGGAGACUGAAGACCCUGUCUUACCCCCUAAGGGUGGGAUGGAUCUCCCUGAGGAAAGGGCUGGGCUGAACUCCAUAGAGACAGGUGGGGAUGAGCCUGCUUCUGUCUUGGAUGAGCAGGAAGAGCUACCGGCUGCCCCAAACAAUGGACCCUUGAGUGUGGCAGAGGGCAAAGUGGAUGGGCAGGAGGAGUUAAGCGAAGCUCGGGAGGAAUCGAGUGACAAGGACCCGUCUGAUUCAGCCUCCACUGAUAACACCUUGGAGGACUCAAGCGAGUUUAGCCGGCCUCUGGUGAUGGAUGAUGGGCCACCAAGCGAGGAGGUGGUGGCGGCGCCGGCGCAGCUGCGGCCAACAACACACCGGGAUGAGGAUGUGACAGCUGACAGUUGGCGGGCGCACAGGAAACAUGUCUUUGUCUUAAGCGAGGCUGGCAAACCCAUUUACUCGCGCUAUGGCAAUGAGGAAGCCCUCAGUUCCACCAUGGGUGUCAUGAUGGCAUUGGUGUCAUUCAUCCAGAGUGGAGAUAACUCCAUCCGCUCCAUUUAUUCUGAUGAUCACAAACUGGUUUUUGUGCAGCAGGGGCCACUGGUGCUGGUGUCGGUGUCACACACCCUUCAGUUGGAGCAGCAGCUACGCCAGGAGCUUUUGUAUGUCUACUACCAGAUCAUCAGCAUGCUUACUCAGGCCAGCAUCACCCGCAUCUUUGAGCGAAAGAAGAACUAUGACCUCCGGCGCCUGCUGACUGGCUCGGAGAAGAUCCUCGACCGGCUGCUGAACCUGGUGGAGUCGGAUCCUUGCUUCCUGCUUGGCGCUGUGCGCUGCCUGCCCCUCCCAGCCUCCCUGCGUGAUUCCUUGGGCACUUUGCUCCAGAAGGCCAUCACAUCCAACCUGGUCUUCUCCAUCUUGGUUGCCCAGAGUCAGCUGGUCACCAUGGUACAGGAGAAAACGGUUAUUGAAGACUGCCGGCUAGAACCCACUGACUUGCACCUGUUGCUCAACCUCAUUGGGGCAACGUCCGCCUUCCAAACUGGGGAGAUUUGGACACCAAUUUGCUUGCCACGCUUCAACUCUGAUUGUUACUUUUAUGCUUAUAUUUCCUACCUGGAUACAGAAUGUACUGUCUGCCUCAUCCUUCUCUCCACAGACAAGGAAUCUUUCUAUUCUGUCUCAGACUGCAAGAAACGCAUUGAGGAGGGCAUGAGGACUCAGAACUACCUACAGGCACUCUCAAGCGGCCUGAAGAGUCCCUCCUAUAGUGUGGGACUGGUGGGGGUGCCAGAUCUCCGGCAUUUCAUAUACAAGCCCCUGGAUAUACCUGACAAUUAUCGACAGCUUCCCCAGUUUACCAGCCCAGAACUGGAGGGGCCUUACUGCAGUGAAAAUGAACGCCAUCGACUCUUUGACCUCUAUCACUACCUUCACGGUCGUAUCCACAGCACCUCGCGCCCUCUGCGUCUCAUCUACCAUGUAGCUGAAAAGGAGACUCUAUUGGCUUGGGUCACUAGUAAAUUUGAAUUAUAUACUUGUUUUAGUCCCUUGGUAACCAAAGCUGGUGCCAUCAAUGUCCUGACUAAGCUGCUGCGCUGGAUAAAGAAAGAAGAGGACCGGCUUUUCAUCCGCUAUCCACCCAAGUACUCCACCACACCCAAUCCUGGGAAAGGCAGCAAGGCCCCCCGAACUGAUGGUGCUGAAAAUGGUUUCUUUGGCGGUCUCUAGGCCUAGAGUGGUGGCCAUCUUGAACUGCAUUCUGGACUGCAUGCUGUGUGCACCUCCUUACAGACAAAUCUUGGUGGAAGACCUUCUCUGUGAGCAGGAGGAAUGUCUAGUUUUUUUCUCCACAAGCUGAGCAGGGUCUGUGUGGGUGUGGGACGAGCUAUAAUUUAUCAAGCCAAGCUGUUCCUUUGUUGGCGAUAAAUUCAUAACAUUUUGUCUUGCUAUUUUUAAAUUUUAUUUCACUUGUGGUCUUUGGUGCUAUGCCUGUAAGGAGGCAUUGGGCCUGUAUAGGUAAACUGGAGACAGGUGAAGAACCUCUGGCUCUGAUAUCUAUGGAAGUGGCAUGUAACUGGAAGAUGUGGGAUUUCAGAUGUAUUCAGGUCAAAUAUAUGGUUUACAUUGACACCUAUUCUGGAGUGGAUUAGAAUUCUCUGUUAGUGAGUGCUCACAGCACUGAUACUAUCAAUUGCAUUGUUUUCCACAUUCUGUUUCCGCUUCUUCAUCAGCAGGUUUGGUAGCAUGCUGAAUGCCACUUCUGUUCCUUGGACAAAAAUUGUGGAAUCUGGCUUGCUCUGUUUCCCUAACAGUAUGUUCAAAAUGGUAAAAAAUAAAUAAAAGAGAGAGCGAGAGCCCAGUGGGAUACCUUGGAAAUGAGAAAUACAGAUGAUCUUGGUACUUUCCCCAAAUAUUUGCCCUUUGAUAAAACUACUUGAUUGUCCAUAGAUAUUCUUUCAGAAUGGCUGCCUAGGGCCAAUCUAGUAGGUACUGCAGGUUUAUCAAGGGACUGGUGCUUUCAGGCAGCACAUAACCUAGAAAGAUAAAUGUUUACUACAAAAGUAGCUGAUUUGGAUCACUUUAGUGCCAUCUUGGGACAACUUUAAAUGAAGAGGCCCAGUUCCAAAGAAUCUUUCAUCCUGGGACUAUCAGUAUUUUUAUUAACUCUUGUCCUGUCUCAUCUUUGGACUAUAAUUCCCUUUUGAAUUAGGGAAGCUGCUUCACCCUAUUACUCUGGCACCAUGAGAACGUAUAUAUGUGUGAGAAGGGUAUUUUGUAACUCUUCUGGUGGUAUUUGACUAAUGUCAAUAUAAAGGCUCAGUUUGUACUUCGUAAUUUAAUUAUGAUGAAAUUUUGACUUUCUGUUUAAUGUCUUAUGUUGGAACCUAACUGGCUUUGAAACAGUCUCACUGUCCCCCAUAACUUUCCUCCCACCUUCCCCUCUGCACAUCUUGCCCUCUUUUUUUCUGCUUUAAAAUUGUCUUUAGCUGCUUAAAUGACACUUAGCUCUUGUUAGAGCUCUGUUACUUUUCCUGUGUUGAGGUGCUCCCAUUUUCUCUUCUCUCCCCCCCCCCUUAUAACUAUGUUUGUAUCUUGUAGAUUUGAAGCUAGGGAAGAACAAACAGACCCGUGGUAAACUUCCUCUUUGGGCUUGGUACUGACAAAUAACUCUCUUCCCAUUCCUGUCAGCUCCAGAUAUUGUCUGGAUGUAUCAUAAGUUCGGACAGCUGUUCUCAGAAAGAGACUUGAAAACCUCAUUUACAAGCAAUUAACAUUUGCAUCCUUUCCCUUCCUGAGCAGAUGCUGCUCUGCUGUGCAAACGUGCCCUGUUUAAAUUUGCUGCUGCUCCACUGGGUCUGUUCUGUGUCCCAAACCUUUCCAUUUUCUAAAAAUAAGUCUUAUUUUUGUCCAGAGGGGGAGCAUGAGGGAACCUCUGUUCUCCUCCAGUGGGCAAUCUUGCCACCCAUCAUUUCUUAUGUUGAGGUGGGGAGUAGGGGUGUGUGUGUGUGUGUAGGGAGGGAGGAGUUCUGAUUUAACCUGGGAUGCUUGUAUAAGUAUAUUGUUUACUGUUCCCCAGUUUUGAUGUAGGCUGAGCACUGAACUGGAUUCUACCUUAAUUGCCAGUGCUGCAGUAAUUGAAGGAAUUAUGCUAUUUUGCAGGGUAUAUCUGUUGCUUUUGGAACUCUUCUGAUGCCUGCUUGCUCAGCUUGCUUCUGGCUGGCAUUUUGUUCUGCCCUGGUUUAAAAACAGCAGAGAUUCCAUACACCAUGUGGCUAAUUGACUGACAAAGAGAGUUUAUAUUUCUGGCUGAAGUGAUGUACUGAGAACUGCAGGCAUCUUAUUAAAUACAAACACAACCCAUUUUAAAAA